CUGGGAGUGGUCGAGCCGCGCGCCGGGGCGCUGGGAGGCGGGGUACGCCCUCGCGCCGGCGGCCGAGAACUGGGGGCGGUGGGUGCGCGAGGCGUGCGCGGGGCGGCCGGCGCUCGCCGCGGGCUUCGUGGGCGCGACCUCCGCGGGCAAGAGCUGGCUGAUCAGCAGGCUGCAGGCCGCAGGCUCGCCCGGGCCGAGCGAGGCCGAGGGCGAGUGCGGUGGCGCCGCAGGCGGCGCCCUCCUGCAGUCCGUCACCUCGGACAUCAACCUGUACGUGGACCCCCUGGAGCACAUCUACUACAUUGAUUUCGAGGGGACCUACGGCACCCAGCCGCUCAUGCAGGAGGUGGGCGGGAGCGCCGAGGCGACGGAGGCAGUGCUGGAGCGCACGGCGGCUGCCGAGUGGGAGGCGUCGCGGCGGCAGGUGCUGCGCGACACCCUCCAGCCUGCCAUUGCGUACCUGAUGUGCGACGUGGUCGUCUUCCUCACCAGGGAGAAGCUGGUUUGCCGCCGGGCCCUGGAGGAGUGCGAGCAGUUUGCCGCUGCCGCUAACAGGCGCGUCGCGAGCGCUCCCCCUCCGGCGCUGGUCAUCGUGCAGAACUGCUGCAGGCCGAGCGAGGGCCUGUUCGAGAGGGACCGCUGCACGGAGGCCUUCCGCCAGGUCCACCUGCGGUCCUCCGAGGGCGCUCCGGGCAUGGUGUGCAAGCGCAGCGGCUUCGACGGGGAGGAGGUGAGCCAAGCCGUCCUCGCCGAGCUGAGGGCCGUGCUCCGCCGGCGGCUUGGCGAGCGCGGCUCCGGCCUGACGCAGCUGCAGUGGUUCGCGGCGCUCUCCACGCUCUGCAGUGCCAUCAACACCCGCGAGACCAUCGCGAUGUCCGCCAUCCAGGUGCACGCCAGCGCCCCCGGCGACGAACACCGGGAGCUCCAGUCGUGCCUGCUGGAGGCGGGCGGCGCCCUCUGCCCCGCGGCCUUCGAGCGGCGGCUGCGCGCCGCCGCCGGCCUCGUGGCGCGCUUCGCCGCGAGGCGCGAGCUGCCCGAGGCGGAGCUGCGGCAGGCUCAGUCCUGCCUGCUGGGCGCGUUCCCGUGCGGCGCGGCGGCGCCUCCCGGCGUGGAGCGCUUCGACGGGCUCCCGGGCCCCGUGCUGUGCGGGCAGUGCCGGCUCCUGCACGAGCUCGGGGGAGGCUCGCUGCACCGCUCGGCGCACCUGGUCCGGACGCAGGGCGCGGGCUGGCUGCAGCACGUCGGCGAGUGGCUCCAGGGCGGCUUCACGUACGCCUGGCGGGGCGACUUCGUCUGCCACCCGGCCGUCGCCGAGCUCAUGGACCCGGAGCGCCUCGGAGCACUGGUCCGUGGCCAGGCGGAGGAGUACCGGCUGGAGCGGGCGCUGGAGGGCGCGCGCGGCGAGGCGGGCUCCCGGUGGGUGCUGCGGGCGCACGCGAGCCUGAGCGGCGCAGGCCUGGAGGUCCGGCGGGACGGCUCCAGGAUGUGCGCGCUCUGCACCGCCCGCGCGGCGGAGCCGGGCACGCUCUGGCAGCUGCUGCUGCCCGCGGGCCUGCAGGGCCGGGCGCUGGCCGCGUGCGGCCACUGCCACGAGGUCCUGGAGAGGCACGGCCUCGUGGCGAGCCUCUUCGCGCCGCCCGCGGGCCCGGGCGGCGCCGCCGUGGAGGGCUGCGGCGCGUGCCGCGGGGCCGCCCGCGGCGCGGGCGCGGCCGCCGCCGCGGGGGACCACCGCCUGCACCCCUGCCGCUGCAGGGUGUGCCGGGCCUGCGCGGAGGGGCUGGCGGCCUCCGUGGAGCGCUGGCCCCACUGCCCCGCCUGCGACGCGCGG